AUGCCACUUCCAGGUCAGCCUGGCCGAUGGAUGGGCGAGCUGAUGACCCUUGGUGGAGGAAUUUUCUCUCAGGCCUCCAACAUGGAAGGCCCUGCAGAAGCUGAAGAUGAGCCCGAAAGGCAUCCGAGCCUUGCCAUGUUCUUCCCAGGCAGCCCUUUGGCUGAAUGCAGCAAACCCAGUGUGGAUCUUCCUUCUUCACCAUCAGCAUUAGGAGCUUGCUUGUGCUGUUCUCAUAGUGGCUACCCGCACUUGCCCAAAGCACAGGGUUCGGAAGAAUUGUUUGAAACUAUUGUAUUAAAAAAUGAGACAUAUUUCAGUGAAUUCAUUCUGCUUGGAUUUGGAAACCAUCAGAUGUUCUUCCUAGCGUUCCUUUUCAUCUACAUUGGAACCAUGGUUGGAAACCUACUCAUUAUUCUAUUAAUUGCCCUCGAUCAACACCUCCAAACUCCCAUGUAUUUUUUUCUUGGGAGCCUUUCAUGUUUGGAGAGCUGCUGCAGCUCAAAUAUUUUACCACAAAUGUUGUCUAACUUUCUUAAUGGAAACAACAUGAUUUCAUUUACAGGCUGCUUUGUACAACAUUAUUUGUUUGGUUCUUUUGUAUCUGUGGAAUGUUACCUGUUAUCUGCAAUGUCAUAUGAUAGAUAUUUAGCUAUAUGCAAACCGCUACAUUAUGUCACCAUGAUGAAUGGCAGAACUUGUUUCAGAUUGAUAGCGUUCUCUUGGAUUAAUGGUUUUAUGGCAACAGCAGUAACCCAGUUUAUCAUGUCUCAAUCAGCUUUAUGUGAUAAUAAAAUAGACCAUUUCUUUUGUGACACCUUCCCAAUCAUAGACCUGUUUUGUGGUGAUACCCAUGCCUUCAAACUCUUUCUCUAUAUUUUAAGUUCAAUAUUUACUUUUCCACCAUCUAUACUAACUUUAACCUCAUAUGGUUUCAUCAUUUUAACCAUAGUAAGGAUGUCAUCUAGCAGAGGAAAGCAAAAGGCAUUUUCCACCUGUUCUUCUCAUCUCUUGGUAGUCACUAUUUUUUAUGGCACAUUGAUGAGUAUCUAUGCAAUACCAAACACCAUAAAAGUAAGUGGUCUUCAUAAAGUGUUAUCUGUUAUUUAUACCAUCCUAACCCCCAUGCUUAAUCCAAUAAUAUAUACACUGAGAAACAAAGAGGUGAAAAAUGCCUUCCAAAGAUUUUGUGUCAAUCUUCUUUCUCCAAAUUUAUAG